AUGAUAAACACCCAGUUCCCACAAAUGCGGGAUUCCGAACCCGAAGCGCCGGUUCCGGCGAUCCGGGUAAUUGAAAGCACAGAUACCUUCGCGUGCGUCGCGCUGGAACCGCUGGAACGCGGAUUCGCCACCACCGUCGGCAACCCUUUGCGGCGAUUGCUGCUAAGCUCGAUUGAGGGCACUGCCAUCACCUGGGUCAAGAUUGACGGCGUGCCCCAUGAAUACACCGUCAUCCCAGGCGUGAAGGAGGAGGUUAUGGACCUCCUGCUCAGCGUCAAACGCAUCCGGAUCCACGCCAUUACCAAGCGCACCGGCAAGAUGCGGCUUGAUAUAACCGGCGAGGGACGGGUUUGCGCCGGCGAUAUUUCCACCGCCAGCGACUAUCAGAUUGUGAACCCAGAGCUGCACCUUGCCACCCUGGACAACCCUGACGUUUCACUGUCCGUGGAAUUCAACGUGGAGUCCGGCAAGGGUUACCAGCAGGUGUCGCAGGCGGACAACAUGGUGGGACUGCCGGUGGGCGUGCUACCGGUCGACGCCAUCUACAAUCCGGUACGCCGGGUCGAAUACUCGGUGGAAAGGAUGAUGGUCGGCCAGCAGACGGACUGGGAACGCCUGAUCCUGCAGGUAUGGACCGAUGGAGCCGUUACUCCAUUGUCGGCAAUUCAGGAAGCCUCCGAGAAUCUGGUGCAACAUUUCUUCAUGUUCAACCAGCUCAGUCGGCCUCCCGACUCGCCCCUGGACACCUCCAACCUGCCGGUGGCAUCUGAAGUUUACCUAAUGCCGAUUGAACGGCUGGACUUGUCCUCCCGUACCCUGAAUUGCCUGAAACGGGCAAAACUGGACCGGGUUGGUCAGGUGCUCGAUUUGAGCAGCGAAGACCUGCUGGCGAUUCGCAAUUUUGGUCAAAAAUCGCUCGAAGAACUCCAGGGCAAGCUGGACGAACUGGGCGUAAUGCCGCCCCGGAUGGCCGGCGAAUCCGUUGACGGCGAUCGCGAUGAUGAGUCAUUUACCGUGCCGGACGGCCCCCUGGUAUUCGACCCCGAAGACGAUGAUGAUAACCUCGAUUACGAGGAAGACGGAGACUAG